GCUCUGUAAACAUGGCGUCGAACGGACCUUCGCAGCCCCCAGGAGCGAAUGGAGACCUUAAAAACGCUGAAACUACCCCUACUGCUGCUCAGCGCCAAGUGAAUCUCCAGAGAAUCAGGGAUCAGGCACAGCGUUUGAAAGGGGAACUUCACGAGAAUUUGAACAAGCAUUUAGAUGAAUUAUUUGAGUCGUUCGUCGCUGAAGUCGAGCUUAUUGAACAAGGAAGCACAAGUAAUGGGUUUCCAGUCUCGUCCAAAAGCGUCAUUAAUAAAGAAGAGACUCUAAUUAUGCAUAAAAGAAGGAAAGAUGGGGAUCUGCCAGAUAAGGUGUUUGUAAAUCGUCGAUCAGUAUUAACGGAAUUGUUUGAGAUCAACCAUAUAAGAACAAUCUACCAUAUAUUUGUAGCAAUACUCGUCGUUUUUAGUCUCAAUACCAUCAUCUUCGACUGGGUGGAGCAAGGCAGACUCGUCCUGGACUUUGACCUGAUACAAUGGGGCCUGGGCAAGUUGCCAAAGGUGAUGGCGUUGUGGGUGUGCAUGAAGCUGAGCACGCUGCUGGUGGUGUACCCAGCCUUCUACUACUGGUCAACCAACAGGGUCCCUGGCAAGCCACGGCUGAUGGACUACAUCUGGCUGGUGUUGUACAUCUUGUAUGAGUGCCUGUUCCUGGUGCUGCCCAUCAAAUACGUCGCAGAGAAUGAACUGCCACCUGCAUCCACCCUCAUUAUCGCCUGUGAACAGUUGCGCCUGUGUAUGAAGACUCAUGCCUUUGUCCGUACAAACAUGGUGCGCUUGCUGAACCACAAGAAGGAUGACAGCAAGGAACAUGAGGGAGGGGAGACGACGGAGAGUCGGUGCCCGGGGUUCUCCAAGUACCUGUACUUCCUCUUCGCCCCCACCCUCAUCUACAGAGACUCCUACCCCAGAACCCACAGUAUUCGAUGGAAAUAUGUGGUGAGCAACUUCACCCAGGUGUUCGCCUGUCUCAUGUACACAUACUACAUCUUCGAGAGAUUCUGCAUCCCUUAUUUCCGCAAGUUCAACAAGGACCAUGUCACCCCUAAGGCCCUGAUGCUGUCAGCUUUCGGCUGCAUGUUGCCUGGAACACUGGUGCUAUUUAUUGGUUUCUUCGCCAUCCUGCACUCGUGGUUGAAUGCAUUUGCUGAGAUGCUGCGCUUCGGGGAUCGUCUCUUCUACAAGGACUGGUGGAACUCCACUACCUUCUCCAACUACUACCGCACCUGGAACGUCGUCGUACACGACUGGCUCUACACCUACAUCUACAAGGACUUUUGCAGGCUGUUCGGCCACCAGAACCGAGCUGCGGCGAUGGCGUUGGUGUUUCUCAUCUCUGCUGUCUUCCACGAAUAUGUCCUCAUCAUCUCCUUCGGCUUCUUCUACCCUGUCCUCUUUGUCAUGUUUGCUGGAGCAGGAUUUGGUUUUAUUUUUCUGACGGACAAGGGGUCCUCUCGGAGCUGGAACGUGUUUCUGUGGGUGGCGCUGUUCAUUGGCAACGGUCUACUUAUGUGUUUGUACAGCAUGGAGUGGUAUGCCAGGAGGAACUGCCCUGUCAACUCAGACAGUUUCAUCGACUACCUGAUCCCAAGGUCAUGGACGUGCAUGAUAUGAGUAUCGCCAGUGCAAGAGGCGCAACUAUGUCCGCGCAAUGUGUCGACGACAUUCACAUCAUCAUCAACGUGCCCCAUCAACGAACCCCCACCCCCAUUGUAGAGAACCAUUGACCAUUGCUCCAUGAAUGUCAUGACAGGAUGUCAGACCGUACCAUUGUGAUAUAAAUAUACAUUUCAAUCAAGUCUUUCUUGUCCAACUCAUCAUGUCUGUCUCAGUUUUGCGAUGUUCAUGUGUUUUCUGAUUAUCAAUGUGAUUGUAUCAUGUUGUCAUAAUUCACUAUGUAAAUGUCUUAUCUUAAUAAUUUGUGUGAAAGAUUUUAGUUUCUCUUUCUUCAUUGAUCAUGGAGCAUGAGUUUUCAAGUCGUCUAAGGUGCCACAAUUUGCUUAGCAGAGUUGUCUCCCUUGGCAGACCAGGAACCUAUGAUCGGGGCUUCAAGUACCUCUUCAUCCUUAUUGCUGCACCAUACCUGUGUUCCUCGGUUUUGUCAAAGUGGUAAACAUCUGAGACCUGCAUCACUUCAGGCUUUCCUCCCACAUUAUGCUGACACUCCAUGAUAUAAGUGGAAUACUGUUCAAGAGGUGUAAAACUCUCUACUCACUCACUCACUCAGUUUGCGCUCCUUGUAAAUAUGUAUUCUACCUGUCAUUCAUACAUUUUUCCAAAUAAUGUAUUUUUAUUAUGAUCAUGUUGUUUUCAGAAUAUAUUGAUUUCUUUUCAUCCAUUGGUUUGGGGUUGAAAUGAAAAUACAAUUGGAAAAACAGGUUUCUUUUUAACAUUAAAACAAAUAUAUGAAAGACUUGCUUAUUGGAGUAAAAGUUUCAAAGGUCCUUCAGAAAGAAAGAAAAAUUGUUUGGAUUAUUUUUUUUACAUUUAUUAAAAUAUGUUUCAGAAGAAAUGCCAAAUGAUGAAAUAAAAUGUUGGAUAUUUCAGUUAACUGUUACAUAUAACUUGGAGUAAGAUAGGCCAGCAGAUAGUGUGACCAGCAGUGUGCAUAUGUCCACCAAUUAUAUGUGCCACCAUCAGGGCCUAAUAUGACCUUCCCUUGACCUGCCCUUGAUCCACCCUUGAACUGCCCUUGACCCACUCUUGACCUGCCCUUGACCAACCCUUGACCUGCCCUUGACCCACCCUUAACCCACCAUUGACCUGUCCUUGACCCGCCCUUAACCCACCCUUGAACUGCCCUUGACCCGCCCUUAACCCACCAUUGACCUGUCCUUGACCCGCCCUUAACCCACCCUUAAACUGUCCUUGACCCGCCCUUAACCCACCCUUGACCUGUCCUUGACCCACCCUUGAACUGUCCUUGACCUUGACAUAAAUACACCUGAAAUGACAUCCUUAUUGUCUUUUUUCACAAACAAACCAGGUUAUUUCACCCC